AUGUUCAAACUGGCUGCUACUCAACGACAUACCUCACGACACUUGAUAUCCUUAAGCACAUUUUCAAAUCGACGAUUACCUCGACUCCUUCACACCACUUCAAUACUUGCUUCACAGCAACCACAACAGCAAGUUCAACUACACCAACAGCAGCAACAGAAUGAAGCAGUAACGACAGCACCUCCUCCUCCCUCUCCAAAACAUAAUGCUUUUCAAGAUCUAUUGGGAUUAACAAGCCCUAGUCCGGAUCUAAAGAACACAUUUUAUCAACGCCAAUUACCAACGACAUUGGUGCGAUUCUCCUCCCAGGACGGUAAAAAGCUUUUUCGCUCGGCCAUGGAGGCAGGUCAUGCCGAAGGAUUCUUUUCAUUGACGGGUAACUUUACGACUCAGUCUGAGCCAGCAUACUGUGGCCCAAGUUCUUUGGCCAUGGUGCUGAAUGCGCUUGAAGUGGAUCCCAAACGACGCUGGAAAGGAAACUGGCGUUGGUAUUCAGAUAUGAAAAAGAAUGGCAUAACAUUCGACAAGUUUGCAUGUCUGGCGAAAUGCCAUAGCGACGUAGUAGUGAAACGUGGCAACGACUUUACGCUAGAAGAGUUCAAGAAGGAUGUGGAAAACGUAACGACUCGGUCGGAUGAGUUUAUUGUCAUUUCGUUUUCGAGAAAGACACUCGGACAGACGGGCGACGGCCAUUUCUCGCCCAUUGGGGCCUACAAUCCAGAGACGCAGAUGGUGUUGGUGCUGGACACGGCACGAUACAAGUAUCCUAGCUAUUGGUGUCCUAUUGAGACGCUGUACGAAUCCAUGAAGCCAAUUGACAAAGAGACCGGUCGACCGCGCGGAUACUUUUUAUUAAGCUACGACGCUGACCAUCCUCCCAUCAGCCUUUGCGGUGUACAGCAGAAAAGACCAAAGAACAAUAACAAUACGGCCACCAUCGAAAACAAUCACUCAUCAUCGUCAUCACCAUCAUCAUUAUCAUCAUCACAACACCCACUAGCACAGCAAGGCGUUGCACCGGUAGCAUUGAAUUGGUCAACGCUUGCCAAAAGUUUCUGCAAACGAAUUCCCGAAAAUAUGUGGAUUGAGAAACCACGGACUUUGGAGCAUGUUGUUCAGCUGGUGCUGAGAAACGUGCCGCCGGAGUAUACCGUGAUCCUCGCCAACCAAUCCUUCCGCCAGUCGCCCAACGAAUACAUCGACAAGCUACUCCAAGACACUGCCCAAUCCGCUUUAUACCCCAUUGUGCUGGAUGCACUCUACAGCCCGGACAACAAGAACAACGGACGUCUCGACGUCGUCGACCACCAUGCUGCGUUUGCCACUCUGUUUGUGCUGGGAUCUCCUCGCAUGCUGUAUACAUCGCUUCCACGUGAUCUGCAAGAGACGCUUGAUCGAUAUAGAAAGGACGAGUACAUGAGCGACGUGGUGAAGCGGGAAGUAGAUAGAAUCUCUGUAGAGGUCACCGAGUUGACAAAGACGUUCUGUACAUGUGGUCCUGGAUGGACUGAUCCUUUGAAAGAGUGUUAA